AUGCUAAGGAAAGGCUGCCCACCAGAUGUUGUUGCUUACAACAUUCUAAUCGAUGGUUUAUGUCAGAGUAACAGGGGAAAGGAAGCAUUCACACUUAUUUUUGAGAUGCAAAACAGGGGACAUCUCCCUGAUGUAAUUACAUAUAAUACACUAAUAAGUGCAUUCUGUAGAACAGGAGAAAUGAACAUGGUAGAAAAGUUGUUAGAGGAGAUGGCAACAGGGAAUUUGAAACCUGAUGAAGUGACAUACAACACAGUCAUUGAUGGUCUGUGCAAGGCAGGAGAUCUUUCUAGAGCACAAUCACUCUUGAAUAGGAUGCUAGAUGCAGUCACUUAUAACUGUCUGAUUGACGCCCACUGCAAAGUUGGUGAAAUGGAUAAGUAUUUUUUAAACAUGAAAGUGGCCGGUAUUGCCCCAAAUGUUGUAACCUAUAAUAUAUUGAUUGGUUCUGUGCAAGGAAAACAAACUUGA